AUGUUGCCUCGUGUUGCUUUCAUCUCUUGUGCGGCAUUGGUCCUGUUCACAGCUAAUACCAUCCAUGCUGCCCCUUUAGAUCCAAAGCGUGCUGCCGGUGUUGCUGACACUCAACUCUCUGAGGGUUUUACAAAACGUGACGGAGAUGAUCUCAUUCAUGGUGGUGCUGGCAUUGGACUCCCUGGAGGCGACCUCACAAAACGUGAUGGAGAUGAUCUCAUUCAUGGUGGUGCUGGCAUUGGACUCCCUGGAGGCGACUUCACAAAACGCGACCUCACAAAACGUGAUGGAGAUGAUCUCAUUCAUGGUGGUGCUGGCAUUGGACUCCCUGGAGGCGACCUCACAAAACGUGAUGGAGAUGAUCUCAUUCAUGGUGGUGCUGGCAUUGGACUCCCUGGAGGCGACCUCACAAAACGUGAUGGAGAUGAUCUCAUUCAUGGUGGUGCUGGCAUUGGACUCCCUGGAGGCGACUUCGCAAAACGUGACGGGGAUGAUCUCAUUCAUGGUGGUGCUGGCAUUGAACUCCCUGAAGGCGAUGAUGGCAUUCAUGCUGGCGCCGGCGUUAGUAAUGAUGAUGUAUAG